CAGCCCACACAGCCACGCCCCCAAAACCAAGCAGAGCCUUGGGAACUAUCCAACCUGGCAAGUGGCAAACCAGCUCUUGUACCCAUAAAAACCUAAUUCCAAUCCAUCAUCCAGUUCAGAUCCCUCUGCAAUGGAAGCUGCAACGGUCUCUGAUCCCAUCGCCGACUCAUCUCCGUUGGUGGCUCGACUGCGGAAUCUUCUGUUCCGGCGAAUGCUUAUCGGCGUUAAGGACGGGCGAUUCUUUCUUGGAUCUUUCCAUUGCAUCGACAAGCAGGGCAACAUCAUCCUGCAGGACGCUGUCGAGUACCGCAGCAUCCGGCGAUCGCCACAGUCCCCGAUGGAGCAGCGGUGUCUCGGAAUCAUCCUAAUCCCGGCCGCCUGCCGCUCCCCGGCGCCCUGCCGCUCGUCCUGCCAUGUGGAUUGCUCCAUCAACGAGCAGAUGUCAUUGUUAUCUGUUAGCAGAUGAAGAUGUAGGGUCUGAUGUGUGAAUUGAAAUUCUGCUAAAUGAAGCUUCUUCAGGUACGACGGGUCCUUCAGUGAAAUCAGUGAAUUUAUUAUGGGAUUGGUGCUACCUUUCAUUGUUUCAGGGUGUUGUAUUAAACCAACAAUAUAUAUAAGUGUAUAUAUGUGUGUGUGUGUGUGUGUGUGUGUGUUAUUAGGUAGUGUGAAAUGAUUGAUUGUUCAUAUCUGUACCAUUACAACUGAUAUUGUAACAUGUAUAAU